CGCCAUUUUGUCAUGGCGACAACAGAACAGCGCGGCGGCAGAAAGCGCCGGAAGCGGGAAAAAAUCGACCGGAUUAGCGAUUUACCGGACUCAGUGAUCUGUCACAUUCUCUCUUUCCUCCCGACCAAAUCCUCGGUAAGAACCAGCAUUCUAGGUCAAAGAUGGAGGUUUCUCUGGGCUUACGUCCCCAUUUUAUAUUUCCACCGCGAAAAGAAAGAAUUCAUCAAUGGAGUUAUCUCGCUGCAUAAAAUGCACACCAUUUCUACUUUCCGCCUCCUUCUAAGGAAGAAACACUACGACAAGCAUCAACACAUCGCAUGGGUUACCGCCGCCGUAAAUCGCAACGUCCGAAAUCUCUAUCUGGUUUCCUUAUCCAAUUACUACAUGCCGUUGCCUCAACAUCUCUUCACCUGCAAAACCCUAGUUGAGUUGGUCCUCAAUAGCUGCCACGUCACCCUCCCGAGUUGCCCCGUGUAUUUGCCUCGCCUCGAGAAACUUCAUCUAAUCUCCGUUCGAUUCGAGGCUGAUAAUGAGUCGUCGUCUCUCCCCCACCUGCUUUCUGGUUGUCCGGUGCUUGAGGAGUUGGAAAUCGAAUGUUCGUUGAACUUUUUUACUCUUAGUGUAUCUUCACCCACGCUGAAAAGGCUCAGGAUCGCUCUUGAGGUUGGUGGUGGUGAUGAUGAUGAUGUAACUAAAUUGCUCGAGUUAAAUACCCCGUCGCUUACGCACCUCCAAUUGGGUAAUUGUUUCUUCCGGAAUAUCAAAUCGGGGGCGAUGACCUCUUUAAUUGAAUCAGAUAUCAGUCUUUGUAGUUACGAGGGGGACGAAGAAGAAAUUUUUGUUUAUUCUCGAUUGCGCCUGGAAUUUAUCGAUCGACUCUGCAAUGUCAAGUCAUUGGAAUUAGAUUUAUCUCGUUUUACAGGGAGGAUUGUUGAUUCGGUACUCUCUGCUUGGAGUUGGACUAUGAGUUUUCAUAACUUAACCAAACUCGACCUAACCGCUGAUUGUCGUUUUCUACCAAAGUUUCUCGAAAGUGCUGAUAAUCUCGAAAUUCUUAUUUUCACCGAGUUUUAUGAAGAAUCGAAAAGCUGGACGGAACCUCCACAAAUGCCGAAAUGCCUGUUAUCGCAUCUUAGAAUUAUAAAGAUUGCUCGCAUCAGAGGUAAAAAGCACGAAUUCGAAUAUAUAAGAUACCUAUUGACGAACGCUCUAGCGCUGGAGAGGAUGGAAGUAGCAUAUUUGCGGUUACUUGAUUCCGAGGGAAGUUCUAAUAUGCUCGACGAAAUCUCACGGUUACGACGAGGUUCUAAUGCUUGUGAAGUUGCCUUUGUUCAUUCUCGAUAUUAG